AUGACUAUGCUGAAUGAAAUUCGUCAGGAGAGAGACAAUUUCCGCGAGGUUACUACUCGGUAUCACGCCGUCGUCAUAGAAAAGGACCUGGCCAUGAACGAUUUGUACCAGGCCCACAGAAUAACCGAGGAGGCAAACCAACUAGCCCGAGACUUUCAGAAGGACAUGACUUCCAUACAGCGGAAAGUCAAUAGCCUUGAGAUACAGUCAAUGAAAGACUCACGGCUGUCACCGAUCGAGGAGGAACGCACGCCUAGACGUUCAAAAGAGAAAUCAGUUAAGUCCUCCAGAAUAGAACAGAAAUUCAAGGCCAACAGCGAUCAUUACCUUACCGAGGACUCCAAGAUAGCCUACGUAGUCUCACGACUCGGCGGUAAGGCUGCACAACAUACGAUGCAUAGAAGACUUCGGAACUCCACCAACCCGUACCAGUCUUUCACUGAGAUCAUGGAAGAGUUGGCCGAUAUCUACGAGAACUCAGACCGACGUAGAGGUUUUACUACCUUGAAGGCUGCAAAAGAAUACCUUCGGAAGCUGGAUAACUCACAACGUGCUGAUUACAAGGAUUUUGAGUCCACAAAGGCCACUGUCAAGUCAACUACAACACGGACAUCGACGACAGCACCCGCGGCCAAUGCACGCCUCAUACCCGUCACCGGGUCCAGUUCAAGUACGACCACUACGCCUCUGAAUGUCACGACCGGUUCGAAACCAAGGGAACCAAUGUGCUACAACUGCGGCAAGAAAGGCCACUACCGGAAGGACUGUACAAUAACUACCCAAACCGAGGCCGGCAAAAAGGCCUUCGAGGAGGCACGACUCCACGCGAUGGAAAUAGACGAAGAAUUCGAAAUCGAUAACGUCGACACCACGGGUAGCGACGGUUCUUCUUCGGAUUCGGGAAACGAAUAG